AUGCAGGAAGCAAAUACUUUUUCUCUCUCCUCGCUCUUUGAAAAAGGCCAAGCCGAAUAUCUUGGGCUGUUUCUGGUGCUUGCAGGAGGAGCAUGGAUCUGCCUGGCUGUUCUAGACGCGCUCAACGUUGUCUCCCCCGCAUACGACGUUUGCAACAGAGUGGCUGCCAUUUUAGCGCUCGCUGUCAUCAGCCUGUAUGCCAUUGUGUGCGCAUCCUCUAUAAAGGCAGUGCGCUGCAUCAAAGAGCACCACAGAAAAAUAGAAACAGCGGCUGCGCACAACAAGUAG